AAAAAAAAAAAAAAAAAAAACACACCACAAAAAUGGUCGGAAACUUAAACUUCCCACAAUUCUCUUGCUCCUUUCGCUUAUUCUCCAAACCAAAAGACGACCAAGACAUAAACAACUUCCGAUCACAUUCCUUUUCACAAGACUCUUUCAACUCUUCAUUCUCCUCCUCAAGAUCAAGCCUACCCUCAUCAAUCUCCACCCUACUACCACCACAACAAACCACCCUCCACCACCACUCCUUAUUCACAAUCCACCCCAACUCCUCUCACAUCCUCUCCCUCACCCUCGCCGGAAACCACCUUUACACCGGCUCAUCUAACUCCCACAUCCACCGUUGGCCACGUCACACUACAUCCGACGAUGACGAGUUUGUUUCGGUUCGGUGUAGUAGUGCGGUUAAGUGUUUGCAAAUGUUGAGUGAUGAUGUUGUUGUGAGUGGUCAUCAAGAUCAUAGGAUUAGGGUAUGGAAGAUUAGUGAGAUGGGGAUUAAGAUUGUUGCGAGUUUGCCUACUUUGAAAGACCGGUUGAGUAAGGUGUUGUUUGCGAAGAAUUAUGUGACGAUUCGACGGCAUAAGAAACUGAUAUGGAUUCACCAUAACGACGCUGUGUCGUCGUUGGCUGUGUCGGGAGAUAAGUCGUUGAUCUACUCCGGUUCGUGGGAUCGGAGUUUUAAGGUUUGGAGAAGUUCCGAUUUCAAGUGUUUAGAAUCGGUUACAAACGCACACGACGACGCCAUUAACGCGAUUGUGUUAUCCGGUGAAGGCUUCGUGUACACCGGCUCAGCUGACAAGAAAAUUAAAGUAUGGAGAUUCAAUCAAAGAAAUCGAAAACACGAUUUAAUUGAUUCGUUAGUUCACCAUAAGUCCACGGUGAAUGCUUUGGCUUACGACGAUAAUCUGUCCGUGUUAAUCUCGGGCGCCUGUUCAGGCGUGAUGAUAGCAAGUGAAAGAAACUUCUCCGGUGGCGGGCAUAUGGCGGUUGUGGGGGCGCUUAUGGGGCAUCGAAAGGCGAUUUUGUGUGUGAGAAUUGUGGGUGAAUUGGUGUGUAGUGGAUCGGCUGAUAAGACGGUGAGGUUGUGGCGGAGAGUGGUGGGGAAAAGCUAUUCGUGUUUGGGUGUUUUGGAAGGUCACGGUGGACCGGUGAAGUGUUUGGCCGUGGCGGCAGAAAACGACAGUGACGGUGACGGUGACGGUGAUGGUGACGGGAGAGAGUAUAUGGUGUAUAGUGGUGGUUUGGAUGGUGAUAUUAGAGCAUGGAAAGUUUGGGUUCCUUUGGCCAUGGAAAAAGCUUCGAUGGCAAAUGUUGAUGGUUGAUUUUAUUAUGAUUUACAAGUGUAAUUUCUACAUUUUUGUUUUAAAGGAAAAACAUUCAUACUCGGUACAUAAAUAAAUGGUUUCGUCACGUAUUACGUUUUAACUAA